AUGCUCCAGCUCAAUGGCACAGUCCUCAUGCCCUCGGUGCUGACGCUGAUUGGGAUCCCUGGCCUGGAGUCUCUGCAGUUCUGGAUUGGCAUUCCCUUCUGUGCCAUGUACAUUGUUUCUCUGUGUGGGAAUUUCCUAAUCCUGGUCAUCAUCAAAUCUGAGCGCAGCCUGCAUGAGCCCAUGUAUCUCUUCCUGGCAAUGCUUGGAGCCACCGAUAUUACCCUCAGUACCUGCAUGCUACCAAAGAUGUUAGGAAUAUUCUGGUUCCAUUUACGAGAAAUAUAUUUUGAUGCCUGUCUCUUUCAGAUAUGGCUCAUCCACACCUUCCAGUGUACUGAGUCAGGUGUUCUGCUGGCCAUGGCCCUGGACCGCUACGUGGCCAUCAGUGAUCCUCUGAGACAUGCAACCAUUUUUACCCACAAACUUGUCACUCAGAUUGGGGUGGGAGUGACACUCAGAGCAGCCAUCUUUGCAGCUCCAUGUCUCAUUCUCAUCAAAUGCCGGCUGAAACACUAUCGGACCACUGUGGUCUCCCAUUCGUACUGUGAGCACAUGGCCAUUGUGAAGUUGGCAGCAGAAGAUGUUCGGGUCAACAAGAUCCAUGGUCUAUUUGUGGCUUUCAGUAUACUUGGAUUUGACAUAGUCUUCAUCACACUCUCCUACAUUCAAAUAUUUAUUACUGUCUUCAAUCUUCCUCAAAAGGAAGCUAGACUCAAAGCUUUUAACACCUGCAUUGCUCACAUUUGUGUCUUCCUUGAGUUUUAUCUACUGGCUUUCUUCUCCUUCUUUACACACAGGUUUGGUUUCCAUAUUCCAUCUUCCAUUCAUAUUCUUCUAUCCAAUCUUUAUCUGCUUUUUCCCCCAUUGCUCAAUCCUAUUGUGUAUGGUGUGAAGACCAAACAGAUUCGAGAUCGAGUGUCCAAGGCUUUCUAUUUUACGGAUGCUUCUUGA